UGUUACUAAUAGAGUAGAUUAUAUAUAUGCAGUACAGUUGACGAGAUGUAUCCUGAACAUAGUUUUAUGUGGUUUGUGUACUAGCACCAGAAGAGGUGAUGGGGGUAGAAAAAACAGCAGAAGAUGAUGAUGCUCUCGCUCCUUUCCUGCCCCCCAAACCAGCAAAUGCAUCUCUGAUCCCUCCCCACCUCCACAACCGCAAUGGGAAUACAUGGACUGCUGUGGCACAUAUAAUUACAGCAGUCAUUGGGUCAGGAGUACUAUCUUUGGCAUGGAGUAUUUCGCAGCUUGGUUGGAUUGGUGGUCCUUUAUCUAUUGUUUCCUUCGGACUCAUGAGUCUACUUUCUGCAUUUCUUUUAUCCGAAUGCUAUCGAUCUCCUGACCCUGAUUUUGGACCCUCCAGAAAUGGUAGUUACAUGGAUGCUGUUAAGGCCAUCUUAGGGAAUUGGAGUGUCUGGUUAUGCAAUAUAUUUUUUCGUCUGAAUUUAUUCAAGACUGGAGUUGUCUAUAUGAUAACAUCUGGAAUCAGCAUGAGGGCAAUUCAGCAAUCAAAUUGUUAUCACAAGGAUGGGCACGAGGCUCCUUGUGAAUAUGAAAAUACUUAUUCUAUACUUCUUUUUGGAAUUGUUCAAAUUUUUGUCUCCCAGAUACCUGAUUUUAGUGAUACAAAGUGGCUUUCCAUUGUUGCUGCUAUCAUGUCCUUCACUUAUGCUGGUAUUGGAUCAGUACUUGGCUUGGCAAAAGUACUAGGAGAUGGAGAAAUCAAAGGUAGCAUUCAAGGAGCUCCAUAUGCUACUACAGCUCAGAAAGUAUGGUCAAUCUGUCAAGCACUGGGAGACGUGGCUUUUGGAUUUAACUACUCUUUAAUCCUUCUUAACAUACAGGAUACUUUGAGGUCUCCUCCAGAAGAAAAGGAUACUAUGAAGAAGGCAUCUGUGAUUUCAACUGCUAUCACAACUUUCUUCUAUAUCUGCUGUGGAGGAUUUGGCUAUGCAGCUUUUGGGGAUUCCACUCCAGGGAACCUCUUGACAGGGUUUGGAUUCUAUGAACCGUACUGGCUUAUUGACUUUGCUAAUGCUUGUGUCGUUCUCCAUUUAGUUGGAGGAUAUCAGGUAUACAGUCAGCCACAGUUUGCACUUGCAGAAAGAUAUUUUGUUGAGAAGUUCCCAGACAGUGUAUUUGUAUGUAAAGACUUUGCUCUCAAACUUCCGUGGUUGCCAUCAUUUAGACUAAACCUGCUCCGAUUGUGCUUCCGAACGGCCUACGUUGUUUUAACAAUGACAAUUGGGAUGAUCUUUCCGUACUUUAACCAAGUUGUUGCUGUAGCAGGAGCUUUUACUUAUUGGCCUUUGGUCAUAUAUUUUCCCUUGGAAAUGUACUUGGUGCAGAAAAACAUUAGACCUUAUACAGGGAAGUGGAUUGCUCUUCGUAUUUAUAGUGUUAUUGCGUUGCUUGUGGCAAUGUUUGCCUUGGUAGGCUCCAUUGAAGGGCUUGUAAGUGCAAAAUUUGGUAGUACUUGAGGUUUAAACUCUUCAAGAAUGCGAAAUAAUUGUAUGCGGCUUCACAUUGCCUGAUCAUAUUGCUUUCAGACGGAAAUUAAUAGUUACAAGUCACUUUCUAGGAAGUUAAUGUAUGUCUGCUAAUUUGGA